AUGGCCGUGUCUGCGCCGGGAACAAAGGAUCUUCCCGAGGUGGAGCAGCCGCAGCUGAGGCGGAGAGGCUCAAGUUUCCCGCCGCCUGAGUCAGGAUUUCUGCAAGUGGACUCCGACGAUGAGACGCAGUCUGAGGACAGCGGAUAUCCCGAAUCUGCCAAAGAUGCAGCUAAAACCCAGCCAGCUGUGGUCCAUGUCAGUGACAUGGAUGGCGGCAUGGUUUGGCAUGCCAAGGUCUUCACCGAUGACUACAGACAUCCGCGGGACUGCGACAAAGAGGGCAACGUGAAGCCACGACGGCCAAUGCCGGUUAUCCGGGCAUCUGACCUCCUCUCACAGCUGACCAAGCAGGGUGACUGCUGGAUUCUUCCAGGUCCACUAAAUGACUGGCCCAGUCUUGUCAAUCUGCAGCUGCGGAGUAUCACCAUGAAGCCGAGAGGCAUUCUCCCGAUGAUGACAGAAGUAAAACGGAUAUGGAAGGAGGGGGACGAGCUUCCGAAGGAACUCCCUGGGAGAUGUCGGGCUACAUUCCUGGCACCAUCUUGGAUGAAGAAGGGCUGGUCCCCAGAUUCACCGGGCUUUCUGUGGUGGUUUACGCCACAGGCCUGUCAGUCGGCAGAAGGGCCUGGCCGCUGCAGUUUCGGAGAGCUGCUGGUGCCCCUGGCCAUGGCUCAAUAUGCGGAUGUGACGGCAGUGCGCGCGCAUGCCAUCGCACACCGCUACCCUGUAGAGAGCGAGACGCUUCGGGAUCAGCAGACGUGGCAUGUCGCGGUGCCAAGCAGCACAGCAUGUGCUUUCUGCGCUCGACAGUGGUUUUUGACUUAUCUAGAAGAACUUACCUAUAGUUGCUGGUCUCAGGUGGCUUUGGAGUGGUCCCACGGGCAGUUCUUGACUCUUGUAGAGCUGGCAUGGCUGAACGGAAUUGGUGGCUACGGUGGGAAGAGCAACUGGGUCAAGGAUAAACUCGAGAAAAUGCCAGAAAUAUACAGAGCGAUGACUGGUUCCAUGUGCGGGAGCUGGAACUCAUCUAUGGGUGAAAUCCGCAUGAUCGACAUGCCGAUCAAGACGAAGGACGAGCUGCAGCGGUACCUCAACAGGUACAGUGAGGGGGGCGAGCUAGCGGCGAGCGACUUAAGAUUCAAAGCUCCCGUCCUUUAUGCAUCAGCGGAGGUGCGGCUGAGAUUGCGCGCUCCUGGGCACAUUGCUGGCUACCUUCUGAACUACAUCAAUGCUGUUCCCGAGUACGAGACACUGCGCAAGAACUGCCAAACAUUUGGCACGGACCUUUUCACUUUCCUGACUGGAAGGAAGGACGUCAAGCCGUUCACCUCAAUUGUGCAGCCGUUCUACUCCUCGAGAACAGAUGCAUUCCUGUAUGCUUGA